UCUCGUUCUGGAUUUGACAUGUAGGUGUUAUAGGAUCUGUCUGUGACAAUUCUCAGAUCGUUUACCCGUUUUGCUAGAUUAAUUGGUAAUUAAUACGUUUGCAUAGAGUGUGGUCAGGAUUUGCGUAUGGCAUUGUCUGAUCACCGUGGAUUUGAAAGUGUGUAACUCAUUUAUUUCGAACAAGUGGACUGGAUGUAUAUAUGUUGGGUGGUAAAAGUGUGUCCUGUCUACAAGAUUGUCAACGAUUCCCAAGCAGUUUGCGUUCGUGAAGUGGAUUUGUUACAUUCGACUCUGAUACUUGAGAAACAACACUUGAAUAUUACGAGUCAAAAGUGUAGCGGGCAGUAACUCGGGUAACAGACGAACUUAGAACUUUGUUUUCUCCCUUGAGGAAAGGGCCUUAUUUGAGCCUGCUGUGCCGACGUUGUUUGUCCAUUCUCCCCAUGAUGUUCCAUAAUGCUGUGUCCACAAAGACGUGCCAGGACCCCCCAGGGGAAAUGGCCGUGUUCAUCGCGUCGGAUGCCAACACACGGAAAGCUUUGGACGCAGAAGAGGAUGAUGACGAGGAGGAGGUCAGGGAUCAAUGGACCAGGGGCUUGGACUUUGUCUUGUCUCUGAUUGGCUACGCUGUCGGAGUGAGCAACCUCUGGAGAUUUCCUUACUUGACCCUGCGUAAUGGUGGAGGAGCUUUCCUGAUCCCAUUCUUUUUCUUCAUGACCCUGGCUGGUAUCCCAUUGUUCUACCUGGAGGUUUGCCUGGGCCAGUUCUCCGGAAUUAGCUCCAUGUUCGUCUGGAGGAUGUGUCCUCUCUUCAAAGGAGUUGGCUACGGUAUGGUGAUCGUCUCUGGUAUGGCCUGCAUCUACUACAACGCUGUCCUGUCUUGGGUCAUCUAUUACCUGGUGAAUUCGUUCUACUCAGAACUACCUUGGGCACAUUGUGGGAACUGGUGGAACACGCCCACCUGCGUAGACAGCUCAGGCGCCAACUCCUCUCUGUCAUCAGGAGACAACAACACAUUCUUCAAUGACAAUACUUCGCUUCCUCUACUCAACGGCAUACUGGACUUUCACUCCCUGAACUCGAGCUCUUUUAGCAACGACAGCCUGUAUCACUUGUGGAAUUCAAAUUUUUCAGUGCCAUUCAACGAAUCAGGGCUCAACGCGAGCUUUUUGUGUAAUUGGAAUUCCUCUUUUUGUGAGAAUACUGAAGACAAGGUUAAGACAGCAGCUGAGGAAUUCUGGCAGUACAACGUGCUGCGCAAGACAGAAGGCCUUGAAGAUUUAGGAGGUCUGCAGAUGCACAACGCCAUCUGUCUCCUUGUGGCAUGGGUGCUGGUAUGUCUGUGUCUCAUCAAAGGAGUGAAAUCACUGGGAAAGGUUGUUUACGUGACUGCUCUUCUCCCAUAUGCUCUCCUCACCAUCUUCCUCAUCCGUGGCUGCAUGCUGCCAGGAGCUGUGGACGGGAUCAUAUUUUACGUGAAGCCUGACUUUGAGAAACUGAAAAGUUUUACGGUGUGGAUUGAAGCAUGUGUCCAGGUGUUUUACUCACUGGGACCUGCCUGGGGUGGUCUCAUCACUAUGGCCAGCUUCAACAAAUUCCAUAACAACUGCCUCAGGGAUGUGAUGAUAGCGUCUCUUGCAGAUGGUCUGACCAGCUUUUAUGGAGGUUUUGUCAUCUUCGCUGUGGUGGGCUUUAUGGCUAAGGAGGCAAAUGUAACUGUGACAGAAGUGGCUACACAAGGUCCUGGCCUGGCUCUGGUGGCAUAUCCUGAGGCAAUCUCCAAGCUUCCCAUUCCACAGCUGUGGGCUGUUAUGUUUUUCUUUAUGUUGCUUCUCCUGGGAUUAGACAGUCAGUUUGGCAUGUUCGAGACUGUUAUAUGUGGCUUGAUCGAUGCUUUCCCCAAGCAACUGCGCAAGAAACGAAUCAUGCUGACUUUUGGCCUGGCACUGAUCAGCUACUGUGUGUCAUUACCCAUAGCCACAAGGGGUGGCAUCUAUGUGUUCACAUUGCUGGAUUGGUUUGUGGCAGCCUUUUGUGUGAUGCUGACAUCGCUCAUAGAGUGCAUCAUCAUUGGAUGGCUUUAUGGAGUUGACAAGUUUUGCGAUGACAUUGAGUUGAUGAUAGGUCGGAGGCCAGGCAUCUACAUGAAAGUCUGCUGGACAGUGGUCACCCCUCUCGUCAUGUUGGUUGCUUUUAUAUUCACGUGUGCUAAAUACACCCUGCCGGUAUACGAUGGAUAUGUCUUCCCUACCCACGCCAAUGCCAUUGGAUUCCUCAUCUCUGUUAUACCCCUCAUACCAAUCCCUGCUGGUAUGGCGUAUGUGCUCUUCAAAGAAAAGGGAACUUUCUCUGAGCGUUUGUACAGUUCAGUGCAGCCAUCGCCAGAGUGGGGUCCCGGAGCCCGCCGCUAUAAGGCCAUGUACGAGGACCACAAAGAGGAGAGAAAACACAGACCAUACUGGCUGAAGACUUUGUUCCGUAGGAACAAAUUUUAAUGAUUGUUCUGCUGUAGGGCUAAAAUCAUUUGAAAGUGGAAUUGUGUACCUUGAAUUAUCGGUUUAUUUUUCAUGCUCUGUCUCUGUUGAGUGACCUCACUUCGCCUGGCUUACAGUUUUUAGCAUGUUGACAUUGAUUGAGCUCAUUUUGACAUUCAUGUAGUAUUCUUUCAAUUCACUGUUAUUUUGUUUAGCUGUUACUUUUAAUGAAUUAUUUCAGUUACUUCUUUUAGUUUUUGCUUGAAGACUUGUCUUUUCACAAGUGAUUUGUACUUGCAUAUCAUGUUUACUCAGAGAGCAAAAAAUAUGUUUGUCAGAUUGUGACAAUCAGUUAUGUUUUUUGCCUUUUGUUAUAGUUAAACAUUCAAUGACUUUGUGGCUUUAAUAUGAUCACCAAGUUUAUCCGCAUGUGGAGCUUACGGCUUGUCAUCUUUAAACUUUGCCUUAGUUCUUAAAGAUUUAUCUCCACCUAUUUUCUCUAUCUCAUAUUAGUUUCUCCCCAACCAAUCAAUUUUUUUUUCCAAUCCCUAUAGGAAGAAGGAUAAGCCAUGUUUUUCUGACUCUACUCAUGUUGAAAAAAGAUGGAUACCUCAGCAUAUUUUUUAAAGUUGAGAUCAUAUUCCUUACCAAAGAGAUUAUUAUUAUUAUUGUAGACGGAAAAGAGAUGCAGUUCUUAUUUUUGCAAGCGCUAGAUCUAUUAACAGUGUGUCGGUGCAUGAAUAUGCAAGUGAAAAAAGUUGUAAAUGUAUUUUUUUUGGUCAUGCCAGAUACUCUGACUAAAAAUCUCUGCUCAGCUCUUACUAAUUUGACUCAUUUUAUCACCCAAUGAACCCUUCGUUUUUACUGAUUCAUAAUUAAAAUUGUCAUAACAGCUUACUACUAUACUGUGUUUAAAUCAAAAUUUCAAUAAAGAAGGCAUUCCGUCAUGGAAAUCAGGGAGACUUUUGCUCAUAUUUUAUUCAUAAGAGAAAGUUUUACUGGUACCUCUGUUUCUUGUCCAAUAUUGUCAGAUUAGCUUUGAUUGAUUUGGUAAUUUGUUAAAACUGACGAAAAAGAAUGUUUCCUCUGAAAUAUUGAUGUAAUCUGUUUCUUUCAUGUAUGAGUAUUGUCACAUUGAGGAACAUGAAGAAAUUGUUCUGUAACCUUUCAUGUACAGAAGCUUUGUGCAUGAAAUAUUUUUUCUCUUAAUUGAUCUAGGCUUUUUUACAGGUUAUGCGAACUUAAGGUUAUGUACCUCUAGCUAAACGAAAAAAGGUGUACCAGUAUUUUGCAGGGGUCUGAAAGUAUAUCUGAUCGUCAAGCUAUUGUUUAGUGAAUAGGGUGAGCUUCCCUUGUCUUAUACAUUUUUUUUUCCUGCUGUUGAACUUAUAAGCUUGUUUCCUGCUGAUAUACAGUUGAUACUAGUUUUGUUUGGUGUACUAAUUGA